GGCGGAGUGCGCAUGAGUGGUCUGCGCAGUACCGGGAGUUUAUCUGGGCCUGGUGGAGACGAAUCUUACUGAAGGCUGCCAUGCAGAGCUCCGUGGUCCGGCGUACGCAGGAGUUGCUAGGGCGCGUGAUUCGAAAACCGCCUCUUACAGAGCGCCUUCUCAGCAAGCCUCCUUUCCGCUACCUGCACGACGUAAUCGGGGAGGUAAUUAGAUCAACUGGUUUCAUGAAAGGAUUGUAUACAGAAGCAGAGAUGAAAUCUGAUAAUGUUAAGGAUAAAGAUGCAAAAAUCAUCUUUCUUCAGAAAGCAAUUGAUGUGGUCAUCAUGGUGACAGGAGAGUAUUUGGCAGUGAAACCUGCACGUGUUGUUGCAGGACAUGAACCUGAAAGAACAAAUGAAUUUCUCCAAGCAAUUGCUAAAUGCUGUCUCAAUAAGCUUUCCAGUGAUGAAGCUGUUCAGAAAGUACUUGCUGAAGAAAAAGCUAUUAAAGAAAAGGCACUAUAUUCAUCUAAAUCUCAAAACAGAGAAUCUAAAACAGAAGAAUGUAGAUAUCAUAAAGAGGGAAGAGGUGACUCUGAAAUAAAAGACAAAAGCACAGUUCAGAAUCAAAAAAUCAAAGAAGAAUUGAAAGAGGAAGAAAGCAAGCAAAGAGAAAAUGAAAAAUAUAAAGAUUAUGAAAAUCAUCCCAAUAAUUUUGAUAAAACUGUUAAUGAAAGUGAAAAAUAUGAAAAAGAGAGAAUCAAGAAUAGAUUAUCCAAAUCAGGAAGAGAGCCAGAGAAAAUUAGAAACAAAGAAAAAGAAGAAGGGGGAGGAGAAAAAGAAGAAUGUGAUAAAGAAAGAGACAAGGAAAGGAAACAAUAUGAGGGAGGAAGAGAAAAAGACAGAUUACGAGAAAAAGAUAAACCUAGAGACAGGGAUAAAGAUUAUGAGAAAGUCCGAGACAGGGGCAAAGAAAAAGACAAACGGAGGGAAAGAGGGAAAGAUAUAGAAACAACACGAGAAGAAAGAAAAGACAAAACAGACAAAAAGCCCACAGGAUCUGAAGAGAAUGUUGCUAAAAAACUGGCAGAAAAGUCUAUAAAAGAUCAAGCUGAAUUUGAUAAAGAAAAUGAAAAUUCUGCAAGAUUAUCGAAGCAGCAGGCAACAAAAGGACCAAGACAGCGAAACAAAACUUCAAGUGAAGGUGAAUCAUUUGGUGAUGCAGAGGGAGACGUUCUGAAUACUGGUACAACAGAAAAGAUUUCUGAAAAUAAUGAAUUUACAAAUGAAAUACCAUCUCAGAUCACUCAAAGAAAACCACGACCCAGUAGUGCACGACCAGCUCCACCCCGUAUAAAACGACAACAAAGUACAGAGAUUUUAAUUCCAGAAAGAAAUGGCAGUGCCAAGAUAGUAUCAAAUGUUAUUAUAGAUAAAGAAGAAGAAGAGGACGACCAGUUUAUAGUGAAAGCAGAACAGCAACUACCUGAAAUAACAGAACUGAAAAUGGAGACAACAGUAGAUCUUGAAGAAGAUGAGAAACAUGGUAGCCUUGUCCAAAGAAUACUGGAAACAAAGAAGGAUUAUGAAUUAUCACAGUUGCAAAAAUCUGCUGAAAAGGAGAAGCCACUUUUGUCAGAGGCAGCAAAGAGAAAGGAAAAAGAUUUAGUAACUAAAGAAAUAGAGAAAUUUUGCAGCUCCAUUCAGGCCCUUUGUCGGAGUGCUCUUCCUCUUGGAAAAAUAAUGGACUAUAUUCAAGAAGAUGUAGAUGCCAUGAAAAAUGAGCUUCAGACAUGGCAGAAUGAAAAUAAAGAACUUGAAGAGACCCUGUGGAAAGAACAAGGAAUCACAGAUGGUGUUGUGGAGCCUUUAAAAAUAGAUCUUACUGAGUUGGAUCAAUUGAUCAAAGAUGAAGAAGACAAGAUUUAUACUAAGAGAGCUAAUGUUUUAAGAAACAAUGAAAAAAUUCAGAAGCUGGUUCAUAUUAUCAACUCAAGAAGGUGAAUAGUGGAAGACUGGAACUAUUACAUUGUUUACAAAUAAAAUUACAAUACAAUAGCUUAUACAAUUUCAAGUUAAUUUAUUUGAACAAUUGUGAAUGGUUUUCUUGGAAAAUACUGGUUAU